GAGAGAAAAAUGCCCCGCAGACGCUCCGAGACGCCGAGGGAUUUGCGCGUCUACUGGAAGAAGCUCAAGGCGUUUUUAAAGACCCUCUCCCUCCAGAGGCAGAUGAUGGAGAACCUGAUCAUCGCCAAAGCUCGCCAGGACGCCCUGCACCGCAAGAUGGAGGAACGAAGACUGAGGUUACAGGAAGAGGCUAACAGGAGGUUCGCUGGUUCGGGGCUCAUAACCCCCGAGGAGCAAGAACAGAGACUUCUCUACGCCAACAUCCUCGAGUACGAGCAAGACCACGACUGGCCCAAGCUGUGGAAGGCGAACCUGAGGAAGAACCCGGGCGACGCCACUUUGGUCGCGGGGCUGUUAUCGUACCUGCUGAGCUGCCCGGACCACCCCGUCAUGAAGCUCCUAAAGCGCCUCCAGUACCGCGUCUACAACCGCCUCUACCCCAUCGUCUCCGAAAACCCCGCCCCCAGCCCCGCCCCCUCCCCUCCCCGCCCAAUCAAGCCCUCCCGCAGCGCCCACAGCCUCGGCCCGGACCCGCCCACACCCCCCCGGCCCCGCCCCCGCCUCCCCCACAGCCAAUCGGAGGCCUCUCUCGGGGACGGCGUCGCCCGAGACCUCAACGCCAACGAGGAGGACCCCGCCCCCGCCUCCGAAGCCCCGCCCCCGGCCCGCCCCCGCGACGGCUCGUUCGAGGACCUGGAGCGUUACCUGGCGACGCCGGACCUCAGCCCCGCCCCCGACUCCGCCCCCGAGGGGGAAGCCGACGCCCACCUCCUCUCUCUGGAGGAGAGAGCUUUGAAGGAGCAUCUGAGGACGAUCGUGAAGGACGUCCACAACGCCAUCGACCGCCUCCUCUCCCUCUGCCUCCUCUCCUUCGAGUGCCUCAACACCGCCUCCUCCAAAGACGUCUGCCUGGCCAGCAUCGAGGAGGCCUUCUUCUCCCCCUUAUGGCGCCCCCUGCUGGCCCUCUUCAGAAAGGUCCACCGGGACCGGGAGCAGGCGUUCGAGGCCGGCGCGGGGCUCUACCGGAACGCCACGCCCGGCGACGUCGGCGUCGCGCCGACGCUCUACCCCGCGGACCCCGCCGCGGGCUCGUACCCGUACGAGGCGGCCGUCACGGAGCUCCAGCGGCUGCCCGGGGACACCUGUCCUCAUAAGAAGCUGGAGUGCAUAGUACGGACGCUCCGCCUUAUUUGCGUCUGCGCAGAGGAAUACCGAGCCCUGCAGGACCCCGAGGCCCCGCCCAGUACGGCGGCCAUAGGAGCGGAUGACCUCCUCCCGAUCCUCUCCUUCGUGGCGCUGCGCUCCGCCCUCCCGCAGCUGGUGUCCGAGUGCGCCGCCCUGGAGGAGUUCAUCCACGAGGGGUACCUGAUAGGCGAAGAGGGCUACUGCCUCACCUCCAUGCAGAGCGCGCUCUCCUACGUCGAGUCCCUGGGAGGGGCGUCGCCGCACCGGUAGGGGGGCGGGGUCUCCCGACCCCCGACCCCCGACCCCU